GUUUAAAAUGUGAUAACAAGUACAACAUUUACUUUGAUAUAAUUGAACUUAUAGCGUAUCGAAAACGCACGCAAGCAGAUUGACUUUGGUAAAAUCUGAAUAAAAUUCGAAACAAGGCAGGUGGAUGAUUUAAGUUCUUCAGUAAGAAACACAGGAAGAAAAUAAAAUGGGCAUCGAAAGCUUUCUGACAGAAAGUUUGACUUCAGCAUCAACUGGCGGACUUUCAUUGAUCUUUCCGGUUCUUGCUGCGACACUUGCCUAUUUUCAUUAUGAAGCUCUAGAUAAUGAAGGACCACCAAUCGACAUGCCGUCAGAGAUGCUAUUGCCCUCGUACCACUUUAUAGUGAUAGGCGGUGGUAGUGCAGGAGCUGUAGUUGCCAGCCGUUUAUCCGAAAUUGAGGAUUGGAACGUAUUGUUGCUGGAAGCAGGCGGUGAUGAACCUGAGAUCUCAGAUGUACCCCUUUUGGCUGGAUACCUUCAACUGAGUCAGCUAGAUUGGCAAUACAAGACUGAGGCACAGGGUGAUGCUUGUCUAGCGAUGGAGAACGGCCGUUGCAAUUGGCCUAGAGGUAAGGUUUUGGGUGGAAGUAGCGUGCUCAACUAUAUGCUCUAUUUAAGAGGUAACAAGCGAGAUUACGACAUUUGGGAGCAGCAAGGUAAUACUGGCUGGAGUUCGCGUGACAUCUUGCAUUAUUUUAAGAAAUCCGAAGACAAUCAAAAUCCUUACUUAAUUCGCACGCCGUAUCACGCAAAAGACGGAUACUUGACGGUACAGGAGGCACCGUGGCACACACCUCUAGCAGCAGCCUUUGUCCAGGCUGGUCAAGAGAUGGGAUACGAAAAUCGCGAUAUCAACGGCGAGUUUCAAACCGGCUUCAUGAUCGCCCAGGGCACUAUUAGGCACGGCAGUCGUUGCUCCAGUGCAAAGGCUUUUCUUAGGCCAACCAGACUUAGGAAGAAUCUGCACGUCGUGAUGCACGCGCACGCAACCAAAGUGCUGAUAAAUCCCAAAACAAAGCACAUUUAUGGAGUAGAAUUCGUUAGGAACGACAAAAUGUUUCGUGUGCGCGCAAAGAACGAAGUAAUUGUAUCCAGCGGGUCGAUAAAUUCGGCGCAGCUACUAAUGUUAUCAGGAAUCGGGCCGAAGGACCAUUUGCGAGAUCUUGGUAUUCCAGUGAUUCAAGAUAGCAAAGUAGGCAGCAAUUUGCAGGAUCAUGUUGGCUUGGGUGGACUCACGUUCAUGGUUAAUCAAAAAAUUUCUAUAGUGGAAAAACGAUUGAAAAACAUCCAGACAGUGAUGCAAUACGCUGCGAUGGGCAGUGGACCCCUGACAGUGCUCGGAGGCGUCGAGAGCGUCGCCUUCGUCAACACGAAAUACGCGAAUGUUUCGCUGGAUUUUCCCGACAUUGAGCUGCAUUUCGUUUCCGGCUCGACGAAUUCGGAUGGGGGCAGACAACUGAGGAAAGUGCAUGGACUAACGAAACAGUUCUACGACGCUGUUUUUGGACCGAUCAACGACAAGGACACAUGGAGCGUGAUUCCUAUGUUGCUACGACCAAAGAGUCGCGGUGUAAUCAAAUUACGCAGUAAAAAUCCAUUCGAUUAUCCUCUCAUUUAUGCAAAUUACUUCAAAGAAGCGGAGGACAUCGCUACAUUGAUCGAAGGAGUAAAAAUUAGCGUGGCCCUGAGUAGGACUGAUGCCUUCAAGCGAUUCGGAAGCGAACUCAACUCGCAACAAUUUCCAGGAUGCAAACACAUAUCCAUGUAUACUGAUCCUUAUUGGGAAUGCAUGAUCAGAUAUUAUAGUGUGACGAUUUAUCACCCCGUUGGAACAUGUAAAAUGGGCCCUUACUGGGAUCCCGAAGCUGUUGUUGAUCCGCAACUUCGAGUCUACGGCGUGACUGGACUGCGCGUGAUCGAUGCGUCAAUCAUGCCCAACCUUGUGAGUGGAAACACGAAUGCGCCAACAAUCAUGAUAGGUGAAAAAGGAGCAGACAUGAUUAAGGAAUAUUGGUUAAAGUGGAAAAACAGAUACGAGGAAAAAGUAAUUAGCAAAUGAUAAGAGAAACACGCACUUCGUGACGACGAGUGACAACAAUAUGUGAUAAUACCAGAACAUUAGUGCUGUCGACAUGAAAAGACUUUCAGAAAAAAUUAGAAAUUCUGAACUUUACUAUUUUGUUACAUUUUAUAUAAGCUAUGUUAGUAUAACAAGAGUAUCCGAACUUACUCGUGUAUGUUUCGUCGUAUACCUACGUGUAUACGUUUUUAGAGAACGUUUGCAAAAU